CCCCCAGGUUAGCCGUGUGGCCGCGGUGUCCCGCAGGAGAAGGCACCAGUCGCUCGUGGUGAUGACGGGGCGUUAACAUAUCUGAAACAUGUCGUAAGAGACCUGAAGCGAUCCGGAGCUGUCCUGGAGGGCUUGCGGGGGCAUGAUGAGAAGCUGCAAUUGAGUAGGGAGUGAGGACACAGGUGGCAGUUAGAGAGUUUUUACUGAACAAGAAUACAAGGGACAUUGAUAAAAAUAUGCCAACAGAAGGAAAAUGGGGGGCCAUAGAGAGUUUAUUCAAUUGGCAAAGAACUUUGAAGACUUCCGGAAAAAGUGGCAGAAGGCAGAGCAUGACCUGGCCAGGUACAGGGACCUUCUUAUGAAAACAGAAACCGAGUGCAGCGCGCUGGAUGUCAAGUUGAAACAUGCUCGCAAUCAGGUGGAUGUGGAGAUCAAACGAAGACAGCGAGCUGAAGCAGACUGUGAGAAGCUGGAGCGUCAGAUCCAACUGAUUCGAGAACUGCUCAUGUGUGAUGCAUCAGGCAGCAUUCAACUAAGUGAAGAACAGAAGUCUGCCCUUGCUUUCCUUAACAGACCUCAAGUCCCCAGUAGGGGUUCUGGGAAUAGAAGACUUUCAACAAUUGAUGAAUCUGGCUCAAAUCUAUCUGACAUCAGCUUUGACAAGACUGAUGAAUCAUUGGACUGGGAUUCUACACUGGUGAAGACCAUUAGGCUGAAAAAGAGAGAGAAACGGCGUUCAUCCAGGCAGUUCACAGAAGGUCCACCAGGUCCUUUAAAGAAAGCCCGGUCAAUUGGUUCCACAGCAGAUCAGGGAAAUGAAUCUAUUGUUGCAAAAACAACCCUUAUGGUCCCUAAUGAUGGUGGCCCGAUUGAAGCCAUCUCCACUAUUCAGACUGUACCGUACCGUCUCAGAAGUCAAAGGAAGACGGCCAGUUUACAACCCUGGAGCUGCGACUCAAGCUUGGGCAGCAGGCAACUGGAAUCCAAAUCUGAAAAUGAUGGCUCUAGCACUCCUCAAAGCAAUGGAGGAAUGAGGCUGCAUGAAUUUGUAUCAAAGACGGUUAUCAAGCCAGAGUCUUGUGUUCCAUGUGGGAAGCGGAUCAAGUUUGGGAAAUUGUCCUUAAAGUGCAGGGACUGUCGUGUGGUGACUCACCCAGAAUGCCGGGACCGCUGUCCCCUUCCUUGCAUCCCCACCUUAACGGGCACUCCUGUUCGGAUUGGAGAGGGGACUCUGAUGGACUUUGUGCCUGUUACUCCUCCGAUGAUCCCUUCCAUUAUAGUUCAUUGUGUUAAUGAGAUUGAACAGCGAGGGUUGCAUGAGACAGGCCUGUACAGAAUUUCAGGCUGUGACCGGACAGUGAAAGAACUGAAGGAGAAAUUUCUUCGAGGGAAGACUGUGCCCCUGCUCAGCAAGGUGGAUGAUAUCCAUGCCAUCUGCGGCCUUCUUAAAGACUUCCUACGGAGCCUAAAGGAGCCCCUCCUCACCUUCCGGUUAAACAAGACCUUUAUGGAGGCAGCAGAAAUCUUGGAUGAAGACAACAGUGUAGCUGCAAUGUACCAGGCUGUUAGUGAGCUUCCUCAUGCCAACAGAGACACUCUGGCUUUCCUCAUGAUUCACCUGCAGAGAGUGGCUCAGAGCCUAGACACUAAGAUGGAUAUUACCAACCUAGCUAAAGUCUUUGGACCAACAAUAGUUGCCCAUGCUGUCCCUGAUCCUGAUCCUAUGACACUACUACAGGACACUAAACGACAACCUAAGGUGGUCGAGCGACUCUUGUCACUGCCAGUGGAAUACUGGAGCCAAUUCAUGGUAGUGGAGCAAGAAAACAUUGACCCGGCACACAUAAUUGAAAACUCCAAUGCCUUCUCAACUCCUCAGAAACCAGAGGUCAAAGUGAGCGUGCUGGGUCCUCUCACUACUCCUGAGCACCAGCUGUCAAAGACUCCUUCAUCUAGCUCCCUAUCGCAGAAAGUCAGAUCUACACUCAGCAGAACUACCCCCAAGUUUGGGAGCAAAAGCAAAUCUGCAACCAACCUUGGGCGUCAAGGCAACUUCUUUGCCUCUCCUAUGCUGAAGUAAAGUGGAUCUGAAGUUUUCAGCCCCUACUGUGGAUUCAAAUCCUAGAUACGCAUGGCUGCAAUAAAGAGCUAACUCUAUUUUAAAGGCUCUCGGCAACCUUGAAUAUUAAGAUACUUUAUUACAUUUUUAUUUGAGGCUUUUAAUGCAGAGUUACUGUGCAAUGUAUUUUAUUUAAUAUCUAAUGCUGUAUUGUAUUGGUUAGGAAUAGCUGGCAGAUUUCCUCAGUAAGUUUAGGGGAAACUGUCACAGAUCUUGUAUUUCAAGACCUUUUUUUUUUUUUUUUUUAAGGGAAAUUGGACACUUUUUCUUUUAAAGACACUUUGAAAACUAUGGGAUGCCUUUUGGCUCAGCAAUAAUCCUGCCUUGUUCCAAGAGAACAGCCAUAAUCCUUUGGGCAGCUAGUGCUGGUUCUGUGUCCAAGGAAGCAGUGAAUGCUGAGCAUACAUGCUCUUUCACUUGCUGCAAGUCUGGUUUCAGUGAAAAGAGAUGACUUCAAAAAGUGAGUGCGCCUGAAAUUUGGCCAUGUGAAAAACUGCAAAAAUCAAUGUUCCACAGUAUGCCGUAAAUCCCGAAACAUGUACUGGUUGUGAAGCGGCGCAAUUGAUACCUGUUGUAUUGAAACAUGUUCUGUACUUGUAUGCAUCGAUCGUUUUUUGCCUCUUUUGGUAAAGCUGGUUUGACUUGUUUCUAAUGAAGUAUCACUUGAACCAUGACUUGUAUAUAGCAGAAGCACACUAAACAUCUGCCAAAAAGAAGAUGAUCUUGUUGGCAAGAAUGUCUUCAGGCUCUGCACAAAGGAUUAUUGGGGACGCCUUGGGCACUACUAUUUUUUUUUUUUUUUUUUUUUUUUUAAGUAGUACUGUCUUGCUUGCUGAUGGAAUAGGGGUGCUUAUUAGCAGUGCCGAAGAUUUUUGGAAAUUUAUUUUUUUCCAAAUACAGGCAAACUAGUAUCUGUCUAACUCAGUGCUGCAUCUAAAGAUUUGUUUAAUCAAUACAAGUGUUUGUAACGGAGUCUUCUCCGCAUUAAAUUCCUGGAAACGAUCUGGACCUUUGGUGAUUAAAAAUUAAGCUUGUCUAAUCUCUCCCAACAACACCGUUGGUUUAGUUAAAAAUCGCCCUAAAACCUUGCUUCCUAGAAAACUCAGAGGAAACGCAAGGGGAUAGUGCAACUGCCUGCUUUUUGUUUGAUCGCUCAUUAUUAUGGUUAAUUCUCUUCCCAGUGCUGGACAAACCAUGAGAUUGAGAGAUUAUCAAGGCAAUUAAUACAAGGAAAAAAAAUACUGUUAGCAGGAAAGCAUCUAGAUCUGUCAGAUUUCCCAGGCAGAAAGUAGUAAGGAUGUCUGAAGACUAGAGCAUGUGUACAAUUGCUACUUCCAUACCUGUGUACCUCAUGUGUGUUGUUGUAAUGCGUGUCACUUAAACUACUGUCAAAACCUGGCUCCUAGCCUCUAUUUUACUCUGCUUUCUAACUUUAAAAUCAGGUAGUAAUACUUGUGUAGCUCAGAAGUGUUGUGAAGAUAAAUAUGUUAACAAUUGUGUACAUAAUGGCAGUGGCGAUCAUACACGUUUUAAACUGAAAGAUUCCUCUCUUUGCUCUAGUCUUUAGGCUACGCUUCCGUUUGCAGGCAAAGUUUGGCCCUUUAGCGUUUCAUGACACCAUUCAUUUAAAUGACACAUUCUUAAUGCUCUGUACCUGGGAAAUCUGUCAG